UCAAAGAAACUUCUGUAUGCAUAAAUAUGUCUCAAGGUUGAGUAAAUCAUAAUCAAGCACAUCUUCAAGAACAUAAACAAUUAAAAGUUUCUCUCUUUCCAAGGAACACACAUAUUUCUUGGCUUACACAAAUGGGGUUUCUACAUAAUCUUCGAGAAUUUUUCUCUGCUUGUGUCAAACCAAAGGAGAAACGUAUUCCAAAGAAGACAGUUAAUAUCAGGGUGAAAAUGGACUGUGAAGGUUGUGUUAGAAAGGUUAAACAUGCAGUGGAGGAGUUGGAAGGAGUGGAAUCGUUUGAUGUGAACCAAAAGCUACAGAGGGUAACUGUGACAGGUUAUGUGGAUGCAGAAGAGGUUCUAGAAGAAGUGAGGAGCACAGGAAAGAGUGCAGACAAUUGGCCAUUUGUUCCCUACAAUUUAGUGGCAUUUCCUUAUGUCAAAGGGGCAUAUGACGUCAAAGCACCCUCUGGUUUCGUCAGAAAUGUCCCUGAUGCAAAUGGUGACCCUAAGUCCCCCGAGAUGAAGCUUAUGAGACUCUUUGACGAUGAAAACCCAGACCAUUGUUCUAUCAUGUAGACUAAUUCUUCAUCAAAAUCCUAUAUUUAAAAAUGGAUUUUAAAUUUAACCCAGUUUCACAAAAACUGGUUUAUAAUGUAAAAUUUAUACCCAUUUAUAUAUUGUAAA